AUGCCUGUGGACUUUAGUGGGAAAUGGAUUUUGGAGAGCAAUGAGAAUUUUGACGAUUAUAUGAAAGCGCUGGAUGUUGACUUUGCCACGCGUAAAAUCGCUGCCAGUCUGGCUCAGACCAAAGUGGUUGUUCAACAGGGUGACGUGUUUGAAUUUAAAACACUGAGCGCUUUCAGGAACUAUGAGCUGGCCUUUACACUGGGUGUCGAGUUUGACGAGUACACCAAAGGACUAGACAACAGACAUGUCAAGAGUUUGGUGACCUGGGAAGGGGAUACGCUUGUUUGCAUCCAGAAAGGGGAGAAAGCCAAUCGUGGCUGGAAGCACUGGAUCCAAGGGGGCAAAAUGUACCUGGAGUUGACGUGUCAAGAUGCAGUUUGUCUACAAGUGUUCAAGAAAAAGGAUUAA